AUGCACGCCUCUUUCCUUCGCUCUCUCAUUGUGGGGCUGGCCUCCACCUUGACAGUUGUGAACGUUGCCUUUGCAGCCCCACUCCUUGACCUGUCAGUCGACGCCAACGUCGAUGUCCCUUGUCUCCUUGGAUGCACCACUGCUCUCGGUGUGCUGGGAAAACUGCACAGCAAGGUUUCUAACGACCUCUCCACCAUCGCCGACCUGUCUGCCAGCGCGUCCGUGGACACGGCUGGUCUCCUCGACGGCUACAACUCCCUCGUUGAUGACUUGACUGAGGCCGUCAAUGACCUUGUCGGUGGGACCGACUUGAUUCUCUACGACACGACUGCAUAUGUGAACGCCGUCGGUGCGAUUACCGGGAACAUCCUUCAUGAUAUCAUGGCGCAAGUCAGCGCCGACCUCUCGGUUACAGGUCUCGAUUACACUCUUGAUUCCCUCAACGGUGGACUCACCAACCUGGUUAACAACCUCCUGUCGGAUGUUGGUGUGGACAUCAUGCCUCUCAUUGUCGAGACAACCGCCGGCCUGCAGACUGACGCCCAGAUCGGGCCCAACGUCGAUAUAUUUGCUAGCCUAUGGGCGCUGCUCGCUUCUGUGUAA